AUUUGAUCUUGAGAGCGUCUUUGAUAAGUCGGACCAAUGCUGAACUUUGCUUCAGCAAAAGGUGUGUGUCCGUCAAAGCUUCGAGGGUCUCCGGACGAUUCGCUUCCGGAAGCCUGAAUGGGUGCCCGCUCGAAUGGCCCGAACCUCCCAUAUAUACCUCCACUGCCUGUCGGCACUACGCCGUGGAGGGCGCGGAUCUUUGUGUGCUUGCGUCUUUUGGCUCUUUGGAGGUGCCACACGGGUGAAAGGGAUUUGUUGAUCACGAUGGCCGUUUCCAGCAUAGUAGGUCUAAUUGACCUAUUAUCUCGUCUGCAAGGAUUCCCGUUGAAGGUGAACGCCGACACGAGCACACCUCGAAAGUCCAUUAAAUCCCGUGGGUUCCAGCUCCAAGGAGAGUUUUCCCAUUCUUCGAGAAAACCUUGUUUGACAGUUUGUCCCGGAUCAAUUCGUCUAGCUGCAGUACCUGCUAGGCCGAACCGGACGGAAGCGUUGGCACUGCAGAGCGCUUCUGAGCAUCUCGUGGGCUCUUCCACAGGCGGGAGGAAACAGCCCUUGUCAGCUACCAAACGACCUCGACUUCGGGAUGCCAAAAAGUGACACUCUUCCUCUCUACUUCUUUCACCAACUCAGCAGCAGUGGGCUCUUUCUCCAGACCCAUCACAAUGACAAUUCUUUGCCGUCAGAUCGUUGAAAGUACUUGCCCCUCGCAGGUCCCAAAGCCAACACCGAAGCCAUCCAGAAAUUUAAUGCCUCUUCGAAUCUAUCUUUUGGACCACCUAGAAUGCCCUUCAAGGUAGCGUCCUUCUUGAUCGCCAGGACAUUAGCAUUGACCCGAUUCCCCGGAUCAUCUUCCUUGCCGGAAAGGUAGCCGAUGGCGUUAAUCAGACCGCCAGAGGCUCCACAGUCAAAUGACUUGUGCAAUGUUCUAGC